AUGUUGACAACCACCAACGUUACCUGGCUAGACCUACUACUAUGCCUUACCGGUGUUACAGCCGGAGUCUAUCUGGUAAAGCAGGUGGUCAAGAAGAAUCCUGCACCUUAUCCACCUGGUCCCCAAGGGUGGCCUCUCAUUGGCAAUAUUCUAGACAUGCCUCGCGUCAAGCCCUGGCUCACAUUUACUGAGUGGGGUCAGAAGUAUGGUGAUAUCACACAUAUUAAGAUUCUGGGUCGGCACAUCAUUGUGCUGAACUCUGUCAAGGCUGCAAUGGAAACGAUGGACAGUAAAAGCAUUGUGUACUCUGACCGUCCUGUUCUUCCCAUACUUGGCGAACUUGUUGGCUGGAAGAACGCUUUGCCUUUCAUGGCUUAUGGUCACCAUUUUCGCCUGCAGCGCAGGAACUUCCAUCAGGUCAUUGGAACUCGUGCCGCAGUGGAAGUAUACAAUAUGAGCGAGGAGGUUGAAAUUCGCCGGUUUCUGAAGCGUGUGCUUGCAAAACCCGACCAACUGCAGGAGCAUAUUCGACAUACUGUUGGCACUGUUAUUCUGCGCAUCUCUCAUGGUUAUGAAGUGCAAGAGAACAAUGAUCCUUUCAUUGACCUUGCAAACCGCGUUACAACCUAUGCCUCGCAGGCCGCAGCUCCCAGUGCCGUUAUGAUUGAUAUCUUGCCAUUCUUGACAAAGGUCCCCGCUUGGUUUCCCGGUGCUGGCUUCAAGCGCACAGCACGUAAAGGGCGUGAGAACCUUGAAGAGAUGGUUUCUGCACCCCACAAGUUUGUCAAGGACCAAAUGAUUGCCGGCAUCGCCCCUGUGUCUUUUACCUCGACUCUCUUGGAAGGCAGUGAUGUGUCUGCGGAAGAGGAACACGGUGUGAAGUGGUCUGCUUUUUCCCUAAUCACCGGUGGUACCGAUACGACUGUUGCUGCAUUAUACUCGCUUUUUUUAGCUAUGACACUUUUCCCUGAUGUGCAGAAGAAAGCUCAGGCUGAAAUAGAUGCAGUUGUCGGUCCUGACCGUUUUCCCACCUUUGCCGACCGUGACUCCCUCCCCUAUACUAAUGCCCUUGUCAAAGAAAUCCUCCGCUGGCAUGUUGUCUCUCCUGCAGCUCUCCCUCACUGUGUGACUAAAGACGAUAUCCAUGACGGGUACUAUAUUCCAAAAGGCUCCAUAAUCUUACCUAACAUUUGGUUCAUGCUCAACGAUCCACGGACAUAUGCUAGCCCCUCGCAAUUCAAUCCUGAACGCUUCUUAGCUAAGGAUGGAAAGGAACCCGAGACGGAGCCUCGCACAGCCUGCUUCGGAUUCGGUAGACGUAUUUGCCCAGGUGUGUCAGACUCGCCCCUCCACCUCGCCGAUGCCUUCAUUUGGAUAUCUACUGCAAUGUCACUUGCUGCGUUUGAUAUUUCAAAGGUCGUCGAGGAUGGUGUUGAGAUCACACCUGAAGUCGAUCCAUCCACAGCUUCAUCCAGCCACCCUAAACCCUUCAAGUGUUCUAUCAAGCCUCGCUCCGCAAUUGCCCUUGAGCUCAUUGAGCAAGAUGCUAACUACUAA